GGCGCGUCCCGCGGCGGCGGGCGGGGGGCGGCGGGCGAUGGCGCUGGCUGCGGCGCUGGCGGCGCUGGUGGCCCUGGGGCUCCUGCAGCGGCUGCUGCGGCCGCACCUCUGGGCAGACCUGGCCUUCGCGGCGCGGGCGGCGCGGUGCCGGCGGCGGGCGGCGGCGGGGGGGCCCGGCGGGGCCGGGGGGGGCAGCCUGGCCGCACGGUUCCUGCGGGCGGCGCGGCGGGAGCCGGCCCGGCCCUUCCUGCGGGCGGCGGGGGGCGAGCAGCCCUACGGGCGGGUGGCCCGGCGGGUGGCCCGGGUGGCCAACGCGCUGCGGGGGUGGCCCCUGGGGGGGGAGGCCGGGGGGGAGCUGGGCCCCGGGGUGACGGUGGGGCUGCUGGUGGGCAACCAGCCGCCGUUCGUCUGGGGCUGGCUGGGGCUGGCGGCGCUGGGGGCCCGACCCGCCUUCCUGGGCACGGCGCUGCCCCCCCCCGCCCUGCGGCACUGCCUGCGGGCCUGCGGGGCCCGGGCGCUGCUCGUGGCCCACGAUCUGUUUGCCAUGGUGGAGCCCAUCCUGCCCAGCCUGCGGGAGGACGACGUGGUGGUGUGGGUGCUGGGCUCGGGGCCGUACCCCCCCGGCGUGGUGGCCCUGCAGGAGCUGCUGGAUGCCGCCUCCGAGGAGCUGGAGCCCGAGGACGCCUGGCAGCCCCAGGACAUGAACGACACCUGCCUCUACAUCUUCACCUCCGGCACCACCGGUCUCCCCAAGGCCGCCCGCGUCUCCCACCUCAAGUCCAUCAUGUGCCUGAGCUUCUACGAGCUGGUGGGAGCCUCCAGCCGGGACGUGGUGUACCUGGCGCUGCCGCUCUACCACAUGGCCGGGUCCCUCCUGGGCAUCGUGGGCUGCAUCGGCAUUGGAGCCACUUGUGUGCUGAAGGAGAAGUUCUCAGCCAGCCAGUUCUGGGAUGACUGUCGCGCCGAGGGGGUCACCGUCUUCCAGUACAUCGGGGAGCUCUGCCGCUACCUGGUCAACCAGCCCCCGCGCCCCGGGGAGCGGGAGCACGGGCUGCGGCUGGCGGUGGGGAGCGGGCUGCGCCCCGAUGUCUGGCAGAGGUUCCUGCAGCGCUUCGGGGACAUCCGCAUCGUGGAGACCUACGGGAUGACCGAGGGCAACGUCACCCUCUUCAACUACACGGGGACGCCGGGGGCCGUGGGGCGCAGCAGCUUCAUCUACAAGCUCUUCUCGCCCUUCGAGAUCGUGCGCUACGACGUGACGGAGGGAGCCCCGGUGCGGGACGCGGCCGGGCACUGCAUCCGCGUGGGGACGGGUGAGACAGGGCUGCUGAUCGCCCCGGUGACCCCCCGCACCCCCUUCCUGGGCUACGCCGGCAGCCGGGAGCUGUCGGAGCAGAAGCUGCUGCGGAGCGUCUUCGCCGAGGGUGACACCUACUUCAGCACCGGCGACCUCAUGGAGCAGGACGCCGCACAGUUUGUCCGCUUCCGCGACCGCACCGGGGACACCUACAGGUGGAAAGGUGAGAAUGUGGCCACCACGGAGGUGGCCGAAGCCUUGGUGGCCCACGAGUCCCUGCAAGAAGCCACCGUGUACGGCGUUGCCGUGCCAGGCCACGAGGGUCGUGCCGGGAUGGCGGCGCUGGUGCUGCGUCCCGGCUGCCGGCUGGACGGUCCCGGGCUCUACCGGCACGUGGAGCAGCUGCUGCCGCCGUACGCCCGGCCCCGCUUCCUCCGCCUGCAGGAGCGCUUGGCCAUGACGGAGACCUUCAAGCAGCAGAAGGUGCGGCUGGCGCAGGAGGGCUUCGACCCGGCCCGUGUCUCCGACCCCCUCUUCCUGCUGGAUGAGACCACCAAAGCCUACGUGCCCCUCGGCCCCGCGCUCUGGGAGGGGGUCCUGGACGGCCGCCUCCGCAUUUAGACCGAGCCCACGGGUGCCCCAAAGCACCCCGUGUCCGUCCCACCAGCAGCGGGUGCCCCACAGAUCCCCCCCGUGUCCAUCCUGUGGGUCCCCACGUCCAUCCUGCCGUCCCCAUGUCCCUCACAUCCAUCCUGUGCCUCCCCAUGUCCAUCCUUUCCCCAUGUCCUCUGUCCCCAUCCCGCCGUCCCUGGGUGCCCCACGUCUGUCCUGCCAUCCCCGGGUAUCCCCCCUCUGUGUCCCCCACAGCCACCCUGUGUGUCCCCAUGUCCAUCCUGCCACCCCUUGUCCAUCUACGCGGGUCCCCACGUCUGUCCCACUCUCCCUGGGUACCCCACAUCUGUCCUGCGGGUCCCCGUGUCCAUCCUCUUCCCCCCCACACCCCCCGGAUUCCCCACAUCCAUCCUCAGGUCCCCAUGUCCCUCCCACUGUCCCCAAGUGCCUUCUGGUGCCCUAUGGCCACCCGUGUCCCCGUUCCCCCCCCCACUGCCCACGUGGGGGGUUGUGUCCCUGUCCCUGUCCCCACCUGCGGGGCACCCGCCCCCCACCCCCAGCCACCGGUGCCUUUCCCCCAUCCCGGGGUCCUGCUCUUUGUAUGUACAAACAUACUCCUUUUUUUGGCAAAUAAACUCUU